CUUCACCUUCUAAGAGAAUUAUACAUUAGGAUAGUUGGUAUCAUAUUAAUUUUGCUACCCAAUUCCUCUGUUUUAAGAGUUCCAGCGAUGAAUCUGGGAAAUUUCUAUCUUCCCUUCCUCAAGAAGUGGAUUUAUAUGGUUUUAGAGACUAAGGCAGUAUUAUCCAAGGGUUAAAAUGUCAACUGAACCAGUGAAUGUGGAUGAGUUCGAAGAAUUGGCUAGGCAGGCACUUCCAAGAAUGUAUUACGAUUACAUUGCAGGAGGAGCAGAGGACCAGCACACACUUAGGCAGAACAUACAAGCUUUCUGUAGAAUCACGUAAUCUUUAUUUAAAGAUACAACCUCGAAUUCUUGUUGACGUGAGUAAAAUUGAUAUGUCAACAACGAUCUUGGGCUAUCGUAUCUCUGCACCUAUUAUGGUUGCUCCAACCGGUUCUCAUAAGUUGGCAUACCAUGAAGGAGAGUUAGCCACAGCCAGAGCGGCUGCGGCUGCAAAAACUAUAAUGGUUCUAUCCCUUGCAUCCUCCUACUCAAUGGAGGAAGUUGCCUCUAGCUGCAAUGCUAUCCGUUUCUUUCAAUUAUAUGUUUUCAAACGGCGUGAUGUCUCGACUCUGCUAGUACAAAGAGCUGAGAGAUUUGGAUAUAAGGCCAUUGUUCUGACUGCUGAUACGCCUCGACUUGGUAGAAGGGAGGCUGAUAUAAAGAACAAGAUGAUUGCACCACCACAGAAGAAUCUUGAAGGCUUGUUGUCUGUUAAAGUUGAAGUUGAGUCUGAUCAAGGUUCGUUAUUAGAGUCUUUUGUUAAUGAGGCCUUUGACCCAUCCCUUUGUUGGAAAGAUGUAGCAUGGUUGAAAUCAAUCACUAGCUUGCCAAUUCUGAUCAAGGGAAUUCUCACACAUGAAGAUGCAAUUAAGGCUGUGGAAGUAGGUGUUGAUGGAAUUAUUGUCUCCAAUCAUGGAGCUCGCCAACUAGAUUUUUCUCCUGCCACCGUUUCUGCUCUUGAAGAGAUAGUUCAUGCUGUGAAGGGUAAAGUUCCUGUGCUGUUAGAUGGAGGUGUGAGGCGAGGAACAGAUAUUUUUAAGGCAUUAGCCCUUGGUGCACAGGCAGUUCUUGUAGGGAGACCAAUUAUAUAUGGGCUAGCUGCAAAGGGAGAAAGGGGGGUAAGAACAGUGUUGGAAAUGCUGAAGAAUGAGUUAGAGAUUAGUAUGACACUUUCUGGUUGCCCAUGUAUCAAAGACAUUACUAGAAGCCAUGUGAGGACAAACACACACUAUGAUAAGCUUCAUUCUAUGCUUUGAUGUGUUUUCUUAGCUGCUACAUGAACAUUUCUGAUUUACAAAAUGAAGAAAGGGAUGGGAGUUGUAAUGUGUGUAACUCCAAAAUUAGAUAUUUGGUAACUUGUGGCUUUGUACUGUAUGCAAUGCUAAAAGUUUGGAAGCUAAAUAUAUGUUUGCAUUUAUGUA